AUGACCAAGCGUGGUCUUGGUAAACGUCAAAGAUUUAGUUAUAACCUGACUUCUUUGAAUUCGCAAAUUAAUGAGUGGAAUAACCUGAGAUCAACAUCUCCAGUUCUCAAGAGCUCAAAAGGACCCACACAAAACUUUGUUGUAAGCUCUAGAGAAGCUAGUCAGACGCAUUCCUCAGAUUCAGAUACUAUGAUUGGGAAAGGCUCAUGGUAUGAAAAAAUAUGCCCCCGCUGUUUGGAGGACGUUGCCAUCCAUAAGAGGAAGUUGGAUGAUGUCAGACAGAAGCUAAUACAGAUGCUUAAAGAUCCUGAAAGUUGUCGCAUCUUGUUAUUAACAGGUCCAAGUGGUACAUCGAAAAGUACUCUGAUUAAACAGCUUGGCAGGAUAUUGGUACCGAUGUAUAAAAAUAAUAAUCGUCUUUAUGGAAUUUAUGGAUCGAAUGAAAAAGAUGGAGAGGGAGUAGUUGUCGAAUAUUGUAACGAUUUGGUCAUCAAUGAAUUAUCCCAAGUGAAAAACUUCCAAGAAUUUUUAAGUCAGUCCAAAUAUCGUGUUGGGUCAAAUUUAUCGAUUAUACUCGUUGAAGAUUUUCCAAAUCUAUUUCAUGACGGUACACGGGUGGCAUUUCAACAAGCAUUAUUGGAAUGGUUAUAUAGUACGGAGGAACAGUUACCACCUUUGGUCAUUAGCCUUACAGAAUCAGAAAUUGAGAGCAGUGAUUCCACUGACAAGAAUUAUCUGAACAUUGACACUAUGUUCACGGCUGAAACACUUUUAGGAAGGGAAAUUUUAAAUCACCCAAAAUUACAAAGGAUUAAGUUCAAUCCAAUCAACAAUACGCUGUUAAAGAAAACUUUAAGCAAGAUAUGCAUACAGGAGCAAAAUUUGCUGAAAUUAAAUGAUAAAUGGACCCAAAGGACAGAAAUCACUAAAGAAAUUGCAUCAAGCACUGGAGAUAUACGGUCUGCUAUUUCAGCUUUAGAAUUCUGGGCUAUGACAAAAAGUAACAUUGGGAUACUUACAAGGAAGGAACCCGUGUCCUUUUUUCAUGCAGUUGGUAAAGUCAUUCAUGGCUCACACGAUAUCGAAGAUGAUAAUGAAAUGCUAAAUUCGUUACUCGGCUCAUCAACAAGUUUACUCAGCAACGAAAACUUCAAAUUAGGUCUUCUUGAGAACUAUGCUUCGUUUAAUAGAGGGAGCUUUGACCUAAUGACAGCCUCGAAGAUAGUGGAUACACUUAGUGAAAGUAACACCCUACGCGACUUUCCCGAAUCUACUGAAUAUCUCGUCAGGAAAGUUAGAUAUUCAUUUGCUUCUUUGAAAAGUGAGGAUCAUCAUCAUGGUAAAGCGGCCUUUUCGAGAGAAUGGAAAGUACGACAGUCGACUAACCGUUUCAAAUUACAGUUUGAGGAUUUCUUCAAUGUGUCUUUUUACAAAUAUAAUGCGACAUAUUUAUUCAAGGAUGUAGUGUCUGAUUUGGGCUACUAUUCACCUCUAAUCAGGAAACAGCAAAACUACAAGAAAAGGUCAUUACUCCAUUAUAUAAGUACACUCUCUUCGAGAGAAGCGGAGAAAAUCGUACAAAAAAACGCUGAUACUUUCCAAGUUGAUGAUACAAUCGAUAUCACUGAGAGACUUGGCGGUAGUAUUUUGUUGGUUGCUCAAGAAUCCUCUAUGGUAACAGAAGAUGAUACUGAGAAAGAGAAUAUAAAAUCACUUGAAUUCUAUAGGAAAUUAAGAGAUGACAAAUUAAGAAAAUUACUCCUCUUGAAGCAAAGGGAAGACUAUCAAAUUGACAGCGAAGAUGAAGAGUAUAAGAUGAUGAUGGAAGACUCGAUUGAAGACAGUGAUGAGGAGAAAAAAGUGGCUACCAAUUUAGCUGAAGAAGACGAUGAUGAUUCCCUAUUUGAGAUCCUGUCACAACGGAACUUGAUCCCUAAAGAGGUGCCAAAUGAUGAAUCACUUUCAGAUUCCGAUCUUGAAGAGCUCUGA